AGCGAAUGUCUUGCACGGAAAGGCUGGAAAUGUCCCCCAAGCGGAACCUUUUGGGGCCGGCCACGGCAGGCGUCGGCAUCCCCGGGGCCCCCAGGCUCUAGCCCCUUGGGCGGGCUGGCUGCCAGGAAGGCAGGCCACGGCUUUUCCAUCGCGAGGCCAGGAUGGUCCACUCUGGAGACAAAGGGCCGCACAGAGAAGACACUUUAGAGGAGUACUUUGAAUAUGAAGCGGAGGAGUUCCUCGUCAACUUGGCCUUGCUGAUUACGGAAGGGCGAACACCGGAGUAUUCUGUCAAGGGCAGGACAGAGGGAUUCCACUGCCCUCCGACACAGUCAAGCCAGCCGCCAACGACCAAGCAUGAGUGCAGUGACAAAGCGGCCCAGUGUCGUCAAGCAAAGCGCACAAGGUCUGAGGUGUCAUUGCUGUGGAAGAAUAAUAUCCCUAUCAUGAUCGAAGUGAUGCUGCUUCCAGACUGUUGCUAUAGUGACGAAGGGCCCACCACAGAAGGGAGUGACUUGAAGGAUCCAGCCAUCAAGCAAGACGCGCUGUUACUGGAAAGGUGGCUUCUGGAGCCAGUUCCACGACAAAGUGGUGAUCGAUUUAUCGAAGAGAAGACCCUCUUGUUGGCUGUCCGUUCUUUUGUGUUCUUUUCUCAGCUAAGUGCUUGGCUGAGUGUCUCCCAUGGAGCCGUCCCUCGUAAUAUUCUCUACCGAGUGAGUGCUGCACAUGUGGAUCUGCAGUGGACCUUCUCUCAGCCACCAACAGAGCAUUUUUUCCCAGUCCCAAACAUUUCCCAUCACGUGGCCUUGAAAGUCAGUGUCCAGUCUUUGCCGAGACAAUCCACUUACCCUGUUCUGACCUGCAGUAUCCACACCAACCUUGGCUUUUAUGGAAAGAAGGUGGAAGAUAGCACCGUUCCUCAGCGCUGGGGUGCCCUCAAGACAGAGCUGGGCAGCGUGCCCGUCUCGCCUCGUGCUUGUGGCAGGUUGAGGUGGGCUGAAGGGGCACAAACGGGCGGUGAAUUUACGGCACCUGCCAGGAACCGGAAGCUUUACCCCUCGGCCCGGCUGUUGUCCGACUCUGGGUCGCCAGAGCCUAAAGGUCAGUCCGGCACCCCUGCUGCUGAUUCUAGAAAGCCACCAGAAGAACCGCCAGAGAGAACGGGGAAGUCUUUUUGCUUGGCUGACUCCAGCGUUCAUAACGGCUAUUGUUCUCGCCCGGCAUUUGGAGAAUCUGUUCCUCUGAUAGGCUCUUUACUGCAGGAGCGCCAUGAAGUAAUCGCACGGAUUGCUCAGCACCUGAUUCACUGUGAUCCAGCAACAUCGCCAGUCACGGGACGGCCGUUCACUACGGGGGAAACCGGUUUAUUGAACUCAAAGGUUUUACGCAGCACGUACGAGGAAGAAAGCUUGCCCCAGAAGGGAAGGGAAUGGUCCUCUCCUUUUACCCCUAAUUCAGAACCAACUUCAUCAGAAAGCAGCAGCGUCAGAAAAGCCCCCAAGAUACCAGAAGCACCGUUAUCCGAUUCCUAUGUUCUGGUGAACCAGUGGUCCCGUCACACCAGAGAGGAAACCAACCCUCUCAUAAGCUCUCUGCUUCAAGAGCGGCAGGAGGUCAUAGCCAGGAUAGCACAACAUCUGAUUCACUGUGAUCCGCCGGUGGCACCUGCUGCCCAUCCUGUGUUUAAUGUCCAUGAAGUUAGUCCAGUCAAUCCAAAGGCUUUCCACAGUCCCAGCGUAGGAGACAACCUGCUGAAAAAAUGCAGAGAGGUCCCUUCGGAGUCCUUCUCCGGAUCAACUUUAUCGGAGGACAGCCAGAAGGCAAAAAGGAAAACCCCAGCCACCCCCUUGAGUCCGUUCAGAUGUGAUGCUGAAUUGAAGGUCUCCCCCACCUCUCAAGUCAGGAGGAAGCUGCUUCUAGCGGAGUCCAAUGAAGUGGUCCCAAACCCAUUUCAGCAGUCACCGACCCAUAGAACUAAAGGUCCUUUGACUUGCUUGAACCAAUCAUGUAGCAAGGAAGGGUAUAAGCCAGAAUUAGCAGAUAAAUUGGAAUCUCUAAUUUUGAAUUGUUCCCAUAAACCUCAAGUGGCAAAGAAAAGUGUUGCCAAGCCUUGUUCCCCUUUGAAAGCUAGGGAUGACCCGAUCUCCACAGAGAAGCUUCGGAGCAGCGCCUCGGACUGCUUGAGCAAUCCACAGUUGGAUCAGCCCCAAAUACUUGAACGUGUGAAAGUGACGGUAACACAGGUGCCGGACGGUUUGCACAAAGGUGAGCCCAACGGCUCGAGGACAGACUCAAAGCAACCAAAUGCUUGUGAACAAAACUCUCAACUCGCUAGUAUUGAAAACUGUUUACACAAAGACCUUGAAAGUUUCAAAUGCAGAAAUAAACAACAUAAGGUAAAAAAUGCCAACGAUGAGAAUGAAGAUCCCUCGGAUUACGAAGGACAGAAACGUUCUCAGAAGAAGUCUCACGAAGAUGGUCGAGGGGCCUCGUUUGAACAAAGGAAUGCCGAGACAACUAGAUUGCUACCGCUGAAACCUACGUGGCACAGAAACAACUUGCACCAUUUUGAUGCGACUUCAACAAAAGCUUUCCAUCCUCGAACUGGAUUGCCUCUGCUCUCUAGUCCUGUUCCUGAAAGGAAAACACGAUCAGGAUGCUUUGAUUUAGAUACAUCACUAUUGCACCUGAAAUGUUUGUCCUCUAAAAGUCCACAAAGAUGUAUAAAUGGAGAGCAGGAACCAGAUAUCCAGGAGAGACCGCUCUUGAGUUGCAGCGCUCCACCUGUAACAAGUCUUAGCCUUCUUGGAAACUUUGAGGAGUCUGUACUGAACUACCGCUUAGAUCCCUUGGGCAUCGUAGCUGGCUUCACGGCUGAAGUGGGAGCAAGUGGCGUCUUCUGCCCAACACACAUGACUCUUCCAGUCGAGGUCUCCUUCUACAGUGUCUCUGACGACAACGCACCCUCUCCCUACAUGGGUGUGAUUGCUUUAGAGUCCCUUGGCAAAAGGGGUUACCGGGUGCCUCCUUCAGGAACAAUACAAGUGACCUUAUUUAAUCCUAACAAGACUGUGGUGAAGAUGUUUGUGGUGAUAUACGACUUACGAGAGAUGCCAGCCAAUCAUCAAACAUUCCUGCGGCAAAGGACUUUUUCUGUCCCCGUGAGGCGAGAAACAAAGAGGAACAUCCGCAAAGAAAAUGCUCGACAUCCAGAAGAAAGAUUGCUACGCUACCUCAUUCACCUGAGGUUCCAGAGUUCCAAGUCUGGAAAGAUCUACCUCUACAGAGACGUCAGGCUCUUGUUCUCCCGGAAGUCCAUGGAAGUGGACAGUGGCGCUGCGUAUGAACUCAAAUCUUACACUGAGUCUCCGAUGAACCCUCAGUUCUCCCCUCGAUGUUAGGAAGACACAACCAUGAAAAGUAUUUGCUCCAUUACCAGAUCCCUGUUUCAGGUGAACAGCUGGCGUGACCUACAUGAUGUAGAGGAAGUCAAAUCAUGAAGAAAGUGAGGUGGUGAGUCUUAACCGGGGGUGGAGGGGCAGCCAAGACUCCCUGAGCCUCUUGGACCAGUCCUUGAGGAAGCCUCUGGCGUGAGCUUUGUGUAUUCCGAGCUGGGUGGGACACCCUUCGUCCUCAUCUUUUUAUACUGGUUUUAAACCACUUUGUUGGAUGUGUUGCAAUAGCAGAUUCCUGAAUUAGUUUAGUGUUUACACCUUAUUUUAUUUUUGGGUUAUUUAAUAUUUAAUGUUUCUUAAGUGACGUUUGUCUUUACUGUUCUAAUGUAGCACAAAUCCUAUGUAAAAUCAUACUACGUAUUUUUGACAUUAAUACUGAAAUCUGAAAUAUAUACAGAAGUCUUUACUUUGUUGUGUGAUGUGUUUUUAAGUGAUACUUAUGCUGCUUAAAACAAGGAUGGAAUCCUGCACUUCCACUGCGUCCUCAUCAUCAUACUAUGCAAGCAUGCAGAAGCAGGAUCGAUGGGUGGGUGCAUUUUCCUCUCCCACUGUUCAUUGCUUUCCCCCCAGAGGUCCCAUGACGACGCAUGAAACCACACUGCAAAACGAUUGGACUAUUCAUUCAGCUCCCCAUCCCAAUUCAUAACCAGCCCUUUCCCCUUAAAAGGCCUCUCCUCAAAGCCUAUUGCUUUCUGCUAACCCGUAUCAAAAUUUUCCAUAAUUCCUAUUGUCCCGUACUGGACUUUCUCAGACUGUGUUUUUUUAAAAAGGAUGUACUGUGAAAACAAAGUAGUAUUUAUAUCUGAAAUAUAAGUGAAA